AUGCAAGUUCCAUUUUCAUUUGCUAAUUUCGCUGUGAGUUCUGGUUUCUUUUUGAUACUACAAGUAAUUGCCUUUGAUUUCUCGACUCUAGAUUGGAGAAUGGUGGCUCUUUACGUUCCAGUCCUGCCCAAAGUGGGAUUAGGGGAAUGGCAUGUGGCUUCAAUCGUACCACUUGCCAGCGUCAAUGUUUACAGGAACACAACUGAGCUUUGUUGACGAAGUACAUGGAAGAAAUAUGAACAAUUAAUCAUUCUCGGCACCUCGCUUUGGUUUGUCGCCUUCGGUUUGCUAACUCGCUACCUCCAAGAUGAGUGCUCGCAUGCUGGUAUCACUGAUGCUCCUUGCUUUCAGGGAUUCGGCGGUGGAUCUUUCAAUUCUGCCCCACAAGUGUCUUUUCAAAUCAAUACCAACGUAUGGCCCUCGGUGUUAGUGGUGGACGUAUAA